AUGUUUUAAUAGAGCCAUUAAAAACCUAACCAAUAAUAAUAAAAUUAUUCUUAAAAAUCAUAACAGCAACAUAAUGAAAAUAGAAAUAAAUAGCCUAAUUAACCAUAAAAUUAUUUUUGGCGUAAUAUCCCAUAUUCUAAGCAUUAAAUAUAAUCAGCAAAACAAAUAGGCUAGUUAAUUACUGAAAUAGAAAAAUUUCCAAUUGAUAAAUUGAUUCAUAAAGAAGAAUUAGAAAAAACUUGUCAUAAAUUCUUUUCAGAGGUUUUAUCGGAUUUUGAUGAUGUUACAGACUUUGAAUAAUUAAAAAAAAUAAACGAGCAGCAUUUUAAUUAAAUAAUAUAAAAAUUGCAAAUUUAAUUAUCUGAAAAACCUAACCUUAUUCAUGAUUUUGGUGAUAAAGUUAAAAUGUCACAGUUAUAUUAAGUAAUGAAAAUUAUAAAAAGUCCAAAAAGAAGUUUGUAUAUAACAAAAGAUAUAACAAAAGAAGAUUACUUUGAUAAAAUUAAAGAGAAAUUAAGUCUUGAGGAAGUAGAACAUUUGAAAAACUUUGAUGAUUAAUAAGCAACUUUGAAAGGAUAAGGCAUUUUCGAGAAUUUCAAAAUUGAACCUUCUUAGGUUUUGAAAACCUAAUUAAAUCUAAUUAGGUAAUAGGGAUUUUAAAAUGAGGAUCAUGUAAAUUCUAUUUUAUUAAUAUAAUAGUUUUAGUCAAUGUCCUUUGAAAUAUAUAAAAUUUUGGCAUUUCCAUAUUUAUACUUAAAAUAAUGUUAUAAGUAUGACGUUGAAGGUUAAAGUUUACAUUUUUAGCUACCUAAGAAUAUUAGUAUUGAGGUUAGAUCUUAUGAAAUAGAAAAAAUUGCUCUUUUAAAUUAGAAUUCAAUGAUUAGCCUUAUUCCAUCUUCAUUACUUAUGAAUAAUAUAUUACCAUUCUUAGGUAUUAUAGAUACAUUCAAAUUGAGAAUAGUGUGUAAAUAUUUAAAGACUAUGUAAUAAUAUAUUGAUUGUUAGAGUUGAAAAAUAUUGGUAUAUCCCUCAUAAGAAAGAAAUUAUAAAGUAUGAAUUAGCAAAAUAGUUAGCUUACAACAAUGAAGCUUUUAAAAACAUUUAGAUUCCAGCAUAAAAACUUAAAUAGAAAUUAAGGGUUUGUAUUGAUAUGGUAAUGAAUUUUAUUAAUUGGGGGGAUUUACAUAAAUAAAUAGAAGCUAAUUAACUCGAUAUUGAUGUUUAUAGACCACUUAUUAUGAUGCUUAGAUUAUUUAAUAAAUAAAAAUAUAUCUCUAAACCUUCUGAAAUUAAUGGUUUAUUUAGUAUUGCAUAAUUAGCAAAUAAUAUUAAAUAAUAAAUUAAUGAUUACUUAAAUUUAUAAUUUAUACCUUUAAGUUUUAAAUAAAUGAGGCAAAUUUAAUAAUAGACAUUGUCAGCACCUGAAUUUACUGUGGAAGGUGCAAUUCAUGAUGAAUUAAGUUUGGGCGAAUUACUUACAUUUUUACUUUAAGCUUUAUAUUUUCACGGUUGGAUGACUUAAAUAAUUGCAGUCUAUAAGGAAAUACUAAAAAAGAGAUAAAAGUAAAAAUAUUAUCUAUAAAAUAGGGAACUUUAAAAUUUUGAUAGUUAACAACAUUAUAAUAAUGACUUCUUAAAUUAAGCAUUAAAAUACAUUUAUAAAAUAAAUUCUUUUUCAUCUAAUAAAGAUAAUUAAUUAAAAAUUGAUAUAAUGUAAAUAGUAUUAUUAUUUUAUGUUAAAUAUAGAGCAAGGUAUUAUUAGAGAGUUUAAAAAAAAUAAAUUUCUGCUCUGAAGCAAUUCCAAAAACCGAGCAUACUGGUAUUAUACAUUAAAAUAACGAUGUUAUCAAAAUUCAUCUAGAUAUCUAUUUCUAAAUUGAACUAUAAUCAUAUCUUUGUUCUCCUGACGAAUAUUGUUUUGAGGAUGAAGUUGAUUGA